AUGGCGCUUUGGAAUAGUUCAAGCUUGCUCGGACUUGUCAAAGCACGUCCGAGCUAUGUGGUCAACGUCUUGCAACAUGUUAGAACCGCAACAAAAAAGGCAGCAGGUUCCAGAACGUCCAUGAAAGACUCGGCAGGUCGCCGUUUGGGGCCCAAAAAAAAUGAAGGACAAGCGGUUAAUCCUGGUGAAAUCCUUAUGAGACAGCGCGGAACGAAAUUUUUCCCUGGAGAGAACGUGGGGAUUGGUAAAGAUCACACUAUUUUCGCACUAGAACCAGGAUAUGUGCGUUUUUAUUUAGAUCCGUUCCAUCCCAAGCGUAAGUUUGUGGGUGUGGCACUCAAUGAGACAGCCAAACUCCCCACUCCGCACUUUGCCCCUCGUGUAAGGCGUUUUGGACGUCAGCUGAUAGAGAAUCCCGAACUGGCUCAGAAAGAAACCAAUUCGCUUUCCAGGAAAAAGUACUUGGCUCGUGAUUCUAUUGCUGCUGGCGUCGAAGAACGCGAAAGUCGUAGGCAAACAAUGUCACUCAGCUUUUCGAAACUCAUCGCUGAUACACUAGAAUUGGGUUUGGGGAACGAUGCCAUGGGCACUGCUGUCAGCUAUCUCAUGCGUUUACGUUCAUGCCUCAAGAAUGGUUUUACUUUGGUUGAUGCUCAAUUCAACUCUCGCCAUUAUCUGGAGCAAGAAACUGAAUUACAGGCGAAGCGUGAGGGCUGGACUGAUGAAAUUCUUUCUUCAAAGCUGAGAGAGCUUGGGGAAGUUUCGAGCAGAAUUGACCAAUCUACCUCUUUCAACAACAGGCUUGAAUUGGUAAAGCACGUUUCGCAGUCUGAGCGUGGAGAGCGCAAAGCCGAACUCUUGGAAAAGCUAUCAAACAUCACCGUCACGACACUAAAGGACAGGAAAGAGGUUGAAAAACUAUUUCAGUCUACAGCUGACUUUUUGACAAAGUCUGAAGAGGUUCAACUCAGGAGACGGUUUUUAAAACCCGUUCAGCCAGAAACCGAAGCCACCAUUGCUAAUGCUGACAAGAAGGCCAAAGUGAUAAGGAGAUUCAAUUACAGCAGAAGAGCCAUUGACUCUAUACCUAGAACUAAAACAGCAUUUUUGAGCAAGCUUUGA